AUGACUUCCUUCUCCCAAGUUCUUCUCUUGGCCAUUGUGGGCCUGGCAGCCGCCUCCGCCACUCCGGUGGUCCAGCAACCGGGCAGUGCGCAGUUCACCUCGUCCAUGACCCGCUUCCUGGAGGCCUUCAGGAGCAUCAUGCCCUGCGGCUACGACGGCAUCCCGGCGCUGGCUCCCUUGGUAACCCCCUUCUACAAGUUGAACUACACUACCGACGACUACACCGUGGUGGGCAAUGUGACCAACAUCCGCAUCGAAGGACUCGACGGCUUCCAGGUGCUGAGUGCUAGCGAUUACGGAAAGACGGGCGAAGCCGCCUACGACCUUCUCUUCCCCAAGAUCCAAGUGCUCGGCUUCGCUGACUUGGAGGGAUUCAUCAACAUCGGUGGCUUCAAGAUUCCCAUUCGCCAGAAGGACGUCAUCAACGAAGCCCUCAUCGACCUCCGCUUCGUGGGAAGCUACACCUUUGCCAACAGCCUGACUAACUCCUCCGGCCUCCGCAUCGUCGACUUCCAGCAGUCGGUCUACCUGGCGGGCGUGCAAAUGGACAACUGGAACACCCUCUGGAACAUCUCCACCAACAACUUCUGGAACCGUGUGUUGAACACAUAUGUGCCCUUGGCUCUUCAGGAGAUACAGCCCGGCCUCACCAACUUUUUGUACCAGAACUUUAUGAUUCCCAAGAUCAACGACUUGCUGGCCAACGUGAGCAUGGCCGAGUUGGUGGGUUACUACCAGACCUUAGCGAAGGAUUUCGAGAACGCCAACUGCAAGGCUUAA